CCUGUGCUCUGUUGAACGUGGUUCGAUUUUCGACGCAGAUUCGUACUUUGCAGCUUAGCCUAGCUAUCCCUCUUGGCCCUUUUAAAACUGAGGGGUUGACAUUCAUCGUAGCCGGAGUGCUAUAUAUAAUGGACAUUCUCUAGCUAGGUUCUGAACAAUCCAAGGAAGAAGCAAGCAAGGCCUCUGUCUUCCUGGGCCAAGAGCAUCCUCGUGUAGGUUUUCUUCCGUUCUCCAUUCUCCAGGCUUGUCAGUUAGGAAUGAUCCCAUGGUCAAACACUAGACAGCCACUGACCGAUGAUCGUUGAAUUCUGUUGUGUGCUUGUAUUCUUGUUCUUGUUCUUGCAUAGGCUUCAGAUUUAUUUAGCUCUGAAGUAAAACAUCAUUUCAUUCAGUUCAGAGCUCAGAUCACCUGGGUUUUGGGCCAUGCAUGCAGCUGGUCAUGCAAGUCCGUGCAGCUUUGGCCUUCUGAAUAGAGUUUGACCAAUGUGCUCACUGCAUCGUUUGCAGAUACAAGUGCCCUUCUGCACCUAGGCGUGUGCAACAUCGUCCACAAUGCCGCGUACCGUGUCUGAUGGCGGUGAAGAAUUGCCCGGCGAUGACAUCUCCAGCCGGACGAUGUCACGCCGCCGCACGGAGAAUACCCACAACAGCUACAAGGUUGGUUUUCCGCCCAAGAAGGGCGCUUUCGCGGAGUUCUCCGACGGGUUGAAGGAGACCUUCUUCUCCGACGACCCGCUGAGGCCGUUCAAGGACCAGCCCAAGUCCAAGAAGCUGUGGCUCGGCCUGCAGCAUGUCUUCCCGAUGCUGGACUGGGGCAGGAACUACACCUUGGGCAAGUUCAAGGGCGACCUCAUCGCCGGGAUGACCAUCGCCAGCCUCUGCAUACCUCAGGAUAUCGGUUAUGCCAAGCUUGCUGGCCUGUUACCACAGUAUGGACUGUACAGUAGCUUCGUCCCGCCUUUGAUAUAUGCCCUGAUGGGUAGUUCCAGGGACAUAGCCAUCGGUCCUGUGGCGGUCGUGUCGCUGCUGCUCGGCACUCUUCUCCAACAGGAGUUAGACCCGGUCAAGGAUCGGGAAGAGUACACCAGCCUGGCCUUCACCGCCACAUUCUUCGCGGGCCUCACUCAGUUCGCGCUCGGAUUCUUUAGGCUAGGGUUCAUCAUAGAGUUCUUGUCUCAUGCCGCCAUCGUUGGUUUCAUGGCGGGUGCAGCCGUCACCAUUGCUCUUCAACAGCUCAAGGGAUUCCUUGGCAUUGCGGUCUUCACCAAGAAGUCAGAUAUCAUAUCAGUCAUGAAAUCUGUCUGGGGAAAUGUUCACCAUGGCUGGAACUGGCAGACAAUAUUGAUCGCAGCAUCGUUCUUGGCAUUCCUUCUAGCAGCCAAGUACAUUGCUAAGAAGAAUAAAAAGCUCUUCUGGGUUUCUGCAAUCGCGCCGCUUAUAUCGGUCAUCUUAUCCACCUUGUGUGUGUACCUCACUCGUGCAGACAAGCAAGGCGUCGCUAUUGUCAAACACAUAGACCAAGGAAUCAAUCCAGCGUCAUUUCAUCGCAUAUUUUUCAGCGGCCCAAACUUGACGAAAGGAUUCAGAAUUGGGGUUGUAGCUGGAAUGGUCGCCCUAACGGAAGCCAUUGCGAUUGGACGAACAUUUGCUGCCAUGAAGGACUAUCAAAUAGAUGGUAACAAAGAAAUGGUGGCUCUAGGAACCAUGAACAUUGUAGGUUCAUUUACUUCAUGCUAUGUAGCAACAGGUUCUUUCUCACGAUCAGCAGUGAAUUACAUGGCUGGAUGCAGAACAGCAAUAUCCAAUGUCGUUAUGGCAAUUGUAGUAAUGCUCACACUGUUGUUGAUCACUCCGUUGUUUAAGUACACGCCGAACGCCAUCCUAGCUUCCAUCAUAAUAAACGCAGUGCUUGGACUAAUUGAUUUUGAGGCUGCCUACCUUCUCUGGAAGGUUGAUAAAAUGGACUUUGUGGCCUGCCUAGGAGCAUUCUUUGGGGUUAUAUUUGCAUCAGUAGAGUAUGGCUUGCUCAUUGCGGUUGCAAUAUCUCUUGGCAAGAUUCUUCUUCAAGUAACACGGCCGAGAACAGCUUUACUUGGUAACCUUCCAAGAACAACGAUCUAUAGGAAUGUUGAACAAUACACAGAAGCUACCAAGGUACCCGGGGUUCUGAUUGUAAGAGUGGACUCGGCCAUUUACUUCACGAACUCCAAUUAUGUUAAAGAGAGGAUCCUGAGAUGGCUGAGGGAUGAGGAAGAACAACAGGAGGAGCAAAAGCUGUCAAAAACAGAGUUUCUGAUUGUUGAGUUAUCUCCGGUAACUGACAUCGACACGAGCGGAAUCCAUGCAUUGGAGGAAUUGCUUAAAUCACUUGAAAAGCGCAAAAUUCAGCUGAUCCUCGCCAAUCCCGGGCCAAUAGUGAUCCAGAAGCUGCGGGCGGCGAGAUUCACAGAGCUCAUCGGCGACGACAAGAUAUUCCUGUCGGUCGGCGAGGCGGUUAAGAUGGUCGCUCCAAAGCACGAGAACGCCUGAAGAAGAUAUGCAUCGAGAGAUGUACAGACAGAACAAAGAGACAUAUUUGGUGUGAUUUUUAUAGAGCGGGGAGCACAGGAGUGAACGGCAUGGUUUGUGCAAAAGGGUAAAUAAUGGAGGUGCGUUGGAUUUGGAUCUCAUCAGGUUGGAGAAAAAGGCGAAGAUGGUGGUGGCCUAGUAGGACAUCAUCACAUCAACAUGAGUGUGUAUGCUGUCGUGGUGUGUGUGUGGGUUUGUUGGUAAGCAAUUGCUUAUUAGAUGACGGUUUAUAUCAUGAUCCAUCUUUAGGUUUUUGCAGUUUAUAGAUCUGUGCCACGUAUAUACGCGUGUGUUUGGACUUUACUGCUUUUUUUCACUGCUUUUCUACCUUUAAG